AUGCCCUCGCUAACUUGCCUCCUGCAAAGCGAGCGGCGCUCACGUUCAAACCCGGCCAAAGGCGACGCUGCCGGCUCUCUCUCACUUAACAGACCGAGAAACUUACUGCGGGCCGCGCCGGCGGCCCGGCGCUGCUGCUUCACGUCACGGGCUGGCUGCGGGGCGCCUUGGAAACCCAAGGCGAAGAAGGGGAGGGGGCGCGAAGGAAGGGAGACGCGGCGGGGUUGCCUUCGCGUCCGAACUUGGCGGGGUCUUGCGGAGAGGCCUGCAGAUACCGCCCUGGAUUUGUGCGUGCGGGGAGCAGGGGAGCAGGCUUGCCUGCGCGCAGGGGUGCGGGUCGUCGUACCCGGAGGUUGUGCAGAAGGGUCCGGGCCCUGCGUAGAUUUUCAAGGUAGCCGCCGAGGGAGGGACCGGAGGCAGAUGGGAAUCAAGGUGCGUGUCCCAGAAACCAAGGAUGGAGAACCUGUAGUGGGUCUGCUGACAAGCAGGCUGAAAGAGCGGUUAGAGAAGGAUGUAGCAGUCAUUGGACCAAGCAAAGACAAGAUGUCAAGAAGGGGGCGAUGGCCUUCCCCGGGAGGCCGGGGCAGCGGGGUCUCCUCUGGGCUCACGGGCGGCACCUCUCCCUCAGGCCCCGGGCCGGCGGGUGCCGCCAGCCGCAGGCUCUGCGCCGGCGGGACGCCCAGCCUUUCCUACCAAGAGCUCAAAGACUUGAAGAAGACCAACAUCCUCCACAUAGACGUGCGGGAGAGGUGGGAGAUCGACAGAUUCGGAAAAAUCCCAGCGUCCGUCAACAUACCGCUGGGUGAAUUAGUGGAAGCUCUACAAAUGGACCCAAUGGAGUUCAAGGAGCAGUACAAUCAAAAGAUGCCAUCCAAGUCGGACCCUGUGGUUUUCUCUUGUUUGGCAGGAACAAGAAGUAAACAAGCACUGAGUUUUGCCAUGUCCUUGGGUUUCAGCAGAGUUCAGCAAUAUGCUGGUGGCUUUGAGGAUUGGGUAAAACAUGAACCUCCAGAGAAAAAAUGAAGAUGACUACCCCAACCCUUGCCCCAUCAAGGCUUCAGGAUGGUUCGUAGGUUUUAGCAUUAAAACUAUGUGCACUCCACUUCCAGAAUACAGCCCACUCCUGCUUUCUUGUGUAAAUGAACAUUCACCUUCAAAUAGCCAUGCAUAUCGGCUGCUUGGUUCAAAUUACAGGUAAAGACUAUGACAUGAACUGAGGACAUUAAAUUUGUUCCAUCUUUACUCUGGGCUAUGUUUUUUGGUGAAAUUAUGUGAGGAGAACCUAAGUGCUUAUUAUGUUUACUAAGAUUUUUGUAUGAUAUAGUUUACGACUGUUUAAUGAUGAUGAUGGGACAAAUAAAAUUACCCUUUCCCAAAUAAUUGUGUUGGAUAGUUUGUUUAGAAUAGUUAAACUGCAGAUAUUGUAAUGGAAUUGGGGUAACUGCCCUAAGCACAGAUUUAUUAUGCUUCAUGCGUAGCUAGAGUUUUAAAAUAGUUACUGUGUUAUCAAAGAGUACAAGUAGAGUACAGAUUUUUAGGUUUGUACUAUGUGAUUGUAAAGUCAAAACUUUACGGGUCAGAAAAUACAAAAGGAAACUGACCUGAUGCUAGAAUACUUGCUGUUCAAAAUACUGUGUGAUUCCUUAUUUUAAAAAUAUAUCCAUUUUUAUAUGCAGAUCUGCUUCUGAGCACAAAAUGCUAUAUAGCAUUCAGUCAACAACUUCUGUUCCCUCAGCAGCUCAGUAUCGAGUGAGAACUUGCCUAUAUUUGAAGUUACUGUUACAGAGAUGUAAUCAUUUUAGGCUGGAAAAUUUGAGGUGUCAAAGGAAGUUACUAAACACCCUUCCUUCUUUUAUGUAUGUUAAUUUGUGUGUCUUAAACUUCAAAAAACAAACCGAUCCAUCCCAUCCCCACCUAUAAAUUUGCAUAGUCAUAAUUUUAAGGAUUUUUUUGUUUUUUAAUGCUGUUAGCAGUUCAGAUGAACUAGCAAAGGUGAAUUGCUUUGGCGUCUAGAAAAUUCAAGUCGUAGCACAGAAGUUCAGGACUCUGCAGGAUGUCUGGAAGAAGAA